AAAUUUCUUGGAAAUUCAGCAUGAAAGAAGCAUAAAAAAACAAUUAAUCGAUGAAGAGGGGGCAGCCCUACCACAGAUCUGUCCACCACUACUUCUUCUAUAAUGUGUUCCACACAGCCUAUGUGGGAUGCUGUAAAUGUGUACACAAGGACAGAAAGAGAAAAUAAACACAGGUUUUGCUCUGGAAAGUGAGGAGGAGGAGGAGGAGGAGGCAGAAGAAGGAAUGUGUCGCCACCCUAUGGUUGCGGGUCAUCAUGUCUGCAACCAAAUCAAUUUACAUUCCAGGCUGCUGCAGGUCAACAACCCCUGUUGAAGAGGAUUAUCACUUAUUGACCCUCCCUCUUCCUCUUCCACAAGUUAAUCUUUGGACCUUCUGAUUUCUACACAUUUUACAACUUGCCUCUUGCUCCUUCACACAUUCACACUUUUACUUUUUGUUUUCAAGAAUCAUUGCAUUAAGUGCCUUCUACAUUCAGUCUGUGUUGCUUCUACUGCUUACACUCGCUUUAAUAUUUUAGUUUUUUUCUAGAGUGAUGAAACAAAGCAGCAGAGUGACAUUCAGAAAAUAUAAUUAUCAAAACCUGCUAUGAGGGUUAUUUGUCUAGUUAUAAUCAUGGAAACUAUAAGGGCACAAUCUUUAAGUCCCUUGGCUCCUAUGAUUUCAACAAAACAAAGGAAUAAAAGAAGACAGUCGAGAGGUUUGCCAUGAGAUUGAAUUUGAAAAUCCCUUUUUGUGUAUUAAACACAGGCAGGUACUGUACACUAUGGAAACAAUUUACACAAAACUCCUAAUUUGAGUCUGCUACCACAAUGUAGAAGGAAACUAACAACCCGGAAAUGAAUCCUGACAUGUCUCAACAAAACAAAGGAAUAAAAGAAGACAGUCGAGAGGUUUGCCAUGAUCCAUAAUCUUUGGACCUUCUGAUUUCUACACAUUUUACAACUUGCCUCUUAUUGCUCCUUCACACAUUCAUACUUGUCUUCUCUUUCCCCUUCCUCACACAACCAUAUAAUCAUAAGUUAUGAUUCACAUUAGUCACAUAUAUGUGAAUCAGACAGAUGAAUCAGGUGAUCUCUGUGCCCUCCUCCUUUUCGAUCAGAGCAGAAGAAUGCAGCCUAAGCAACACCUUACAUUUGCCAUAUAAGUCCACAAUAGACAGCCUCUGCACACUGACUUCACACACCUCUUUGUGGAGGAAAAGAGCAGAGCCUUCCCCUCCUAAAACCCUGUGAUGUCAUCUGGGACCGGCUUCUCAACAGGAUUGGAGGAUCUCGCCAUAAAUUUCCUGAAAACUCCCAGCCCUUUUUUUUCUCCCCAUCCCAGCCCUGACUGACUUCCUGCUCGAGAGAAAAGGAGUUUUCCUCGGAGUUAGCAACUUUGUAACAUUUUAAAGGAAACAUCUAGUUCGAUCUAGACGGCUACAUUUGUCGGGCUCCUUCUUUGUUUUUGUGAGGAGAACAAAAGUAGCAGACAUAAUGGAGAUGGUGAAGAAGAAAAUCCAGACUCUCCAGCAACAGGCUGAUGACGCAGAAGACCGUGCUCUGGAAGUACAAAGGGUGUUGGACUGUGAACGGGAAUGCCGCGAAAAAGCGGAGGGCGAUGUGGCAUCUUUGAACCGCAGGAUCCAGUUGGUGGAGGAGGAGUUGGACCGCGCUCAGGAGAGACUGGCCACAGCCCUGCAGAAACUGGAGGAGGCUGAGAAGGCUGCAGAUGAGAGUGAAAGAGGCAUAAAAGUGGUCGAGAACAGAGCCAUGAAAGAUGAGGAGAAGAUGGAGAUCCAGGAAUGCCAGCUCAAAGAAGCCAAACUCAUCGCUGAGGACGCGGAACGCAAAAUGGACGAGGUUGAUCGUAAACUGGUGAUCCUUGAGGGUGAGCUGGAGAAAGCAGAAGAGAGGGCCGAUACUGCAGAACUUAAGUGUGCCGACCUGGAAGAAGAGCUGAAGAAUGUCACCAACAACCUCAAGUCGCUAGAGGCUCAGUCUGAUAAGUACUCUGAGAAAGAAGACAAAGAUGAGGAGGAGAUUAAAGUCCUGAAUGACAGACUUAAGGAGGCGGAAACCCGUGCAGAAUUCGCAGAGAGGACAGUGACCAAGCUGGAAAAGACCAUAGAUGACUUAGAAGAGCGUCUAUCGAAAGAAAAAGAGGAAAACUUAGGAAUGCAACGAGUCCUGGACCAAACAAUGCAGGAGCUCAAUUGCUUGUAAACUGCCAAGAAGAACAUCAAACAAUUAAAAAAACAAAAAGAUAUUUUCUACAUUCCAUCCAUCUCUGUAAUUUCACUCUUAUUCCUGGUUGUUAAAACACAUUUACCCCUUUUUAUAUAUUUAUGGUGCCUUUCUUUCUUUUCCUUUUUUUAAAAUGGUUUUGGGUCCAUAUGAUAAUCAGUUUCGGUGCUGGAAAUUGUGUUGUAGACCAAACUCUGAGCACAAAUAAAACUGAUGAUGAUGAAGUGA